UUCCGUUGGUUAAGUUGAGAUUAGGAGUAGGAAGAAAAAGGAGGAGAAGAAGAAGAAGACGAAGAAGUAGAUUCCAUAAACAAAUCGUCUUAUUUUGAGAAUAGGAAAACCAGAAAUGAAAUGAAAAAGUAAUCCUACAAGGGAGAAUAAAAACAACAAUGGCGACAGGGACAUUGGCGCCGGGGCUAUCCCGGAAGCUGAAGAAGGUUCUGGAAUCAACGAGAACGGAGUCGCCGGAUCUGAUAGCGUCUCUCCAAACCCUCUCCGACUUCUACUCCGACAACACUCCCCAGGCACGCCGUAACCUCCGAUCCACCAUCGAGAAGCGCGCCCUUUCCAUCAACCUGGAUUUCCUCGCAGCCUCCGACGCCGCACUCACCGCCUUGGACCGCGUGGAAGCGGAGGUUGCUUCCCUCGCCGGCUGCUGCGAUCGUAUCGGCAAUGCAAUCUCCGCCUCUGCCGCCUCCACCGCUGACAUCGUCUCCACCACUGACCGCCUCCGGCAAGAGCUCCUCCUGACGGCGCAGCGGCAGGAGAUCGUGUCCUGCUUCCUCCGCGACUACCAGGUCUCCCCCGAGGAAAUGGCGGCGCUGAGGGAGGAGGAGCUCAGCGAGGCUUUCUUCAAGGCUCUCUCUCACGUGCAGGAGAUCCAUGCCAAUUGCAAACUCCUCUUGAGGACUCAUCAUCAGCGCGCUGGUCUGGAGCUGAUGGACAUGAUGGCCGUAUACCAAGAAGGAGCCUAUGAGCGUCUUUGCAGGUGGGUUCAGGCUGAAUGUAGAAAGUUGGGUGAUGCUGAUAACCCUGAAGUUAGUGAACUUCUGAAAAUGGCAGUUCGCUGCCUAAGGGAAAGGCCUGUUCUCUUCAAGUAUUGUGCAGAAGAGGUAGCGAAUAUGAGGCACAAUGCAUUGUUUAGAAGGUUCAUCAGUGCUCUUACUCGUGGAGGACCGGGUGGUAUGCCUCGUCCAAUUGAAGUGCAUGCUCAUGACCCCUUGCGAUACGUCGGGGACAUGCUGGGAUGGUUGCAUCAAGCCUUGGCAUCCGAACGAGAAUUUGUUCUCGUGCUACUAGAUCCUGACACAGUGGUUGAUGGUAGACCAACUGAGGAACAAGUCUCUAAGACCGUGCAGAGUGAUUCUGGAAAAAUAGAAUCCGACUUGACAUUUGUUUUGGAUAGAAUCUUUGAAGGAGUUUGCCGGCCUUUCAAAGUGAGAGUUGAGCAAGUUCUACAGUCUCAACCUAGUCUCAUUGUAUCGUAUAAACUCAGCAAUACCCUCGAGUUCUAUAGCUACACGAUAUCAGAUUUGCUUGGGAGAGAAACAGCUUUAUCUAGUACACUUUGGACGCUAAAGGAUGCAGCUCAGAAGACAUUUUUUGAUAUUCUAAAAAUUCGAGGCGAAAAGCUUCUACGAUAUCCCCCAUUGGUGGCUGUUGAUCUUUCCCCACCUCCAGCUGUAAGGGAGGGAGUCUCUAUACUGCUUGAAAUUAUUGCAACUCAUAACGGCAUGAUGAUUCCUGCUUCGGAGAAAAAACCUGAUUUCAAUCCAGUGAUAUCUGCUUUACUCAACCCUAUUAUUCAGAUAUGUGAGCUAGCAGCAGAGGCACACAAGUCCAAGGGCAUCGGUCACUCAUCACGAAAAAGCAGAGUUAGUUCUGAUUCGGGUCAAAUCAGUAAGUCAUCCGUUGAUGCGCUGCUCUCCAGCAGCAUUUCUGGCUCAUCCUCUCAGAAUAGCGAGACGCUCUCAAAGAUAUUCCUCAUAAAUUGCCUAUGCGCCAUCCAACAACCGCUGUUGGGGCAUGAGGUCGCGGCUGAAUAUGUGAAGAAACUUGGAGCGAUGAUUGACAAUCAUGUAGGGAUCCUUGUGGGAAAAGAAGUUGACGGCAUCUUAAGAAAAUGUGGCUUGCUACAGAAGAUGCAUCAUUUCCGUAAUGUGCUGAACAAGGAAGGAGGCGAUGAGAACAUUAUUAAAGCCCCGCUAGCGGAGAUAGAGGACACGUCACCUGCUUCUCUCUCAGAGUCUCUGAGGGCUUUCUUUGGUUUAAUUUUGGGAAGCGAGAGUUCGCUGCCAGAGUUUGAGCAGAUGCAGGUUCCAAAGUUACGUUCUGAAGCUUCGGUCCAGGUGGCUAGAUCACUGGCUGAAGCUUAUCAACUUAUUUACGAUGCAAUUAUGGAUCCCAAGAAUGGCUACCAAGACCCUAAGUCGUUGGCAAGACAUCCUCCACAUCAGAUAAGGACUAUCUUAGGAAUAUAAAGAGCAUUAUCUCUUCAUUUUUUUUUGUUUCAUCAUUUUCCUGAUCAGCACAUAUACUUAUGCGGGUUUAAUCAUGUUCGUGUACUUGUUAAACAAAAAAAAACAAAAAAACAAAAAAAAAAAGAGCUAUUUUCUCUUCACCAAUAAAAGGGGGCUAUUUUCUUUGGCUUUCUUGUUGUAGUUUGAUGAGAAUGAGGCUCUGUUACAUAUCAGAGAUUGGUGUAAUGGACAAGUUGCAUUUGCUAUUUUCUAUUGUUUCUGAAUUUUAGCAAGAUAGACGGGCGUUGUUGUAGAGUGAAGGUGUAUUACUGUCUUUGUUAUAAAUCAAUUGCAUUGGAUGCCACUUCUUGGUAUUACAUAACCUACAUGGAUAUUAAACCAUUCAUUUAGACUCCAUUAUU